CAAGCGGACCGUUAGCGACCGUUAGCGAUCCGUUAGCGAUCAGCCCGUUAUCACAAGGAGCUGCAUAAGGAGCGGGUUGAUUGUGUGGAAUCAUGGAGGAGGAUGAGGGGGUGGAGUUGGUGCUAGAAGAGUUUAUUAGAGAGUUAGAAGAGGAGGAGGCAGCGGAGUUGGUGGAAGAGAGCGAGGUCCCCCGGGAGAGGACGAAAGAGGAGGAGGAGGAGCUCCGAGCAGCCCAACAGGAGCGCAUGAAGAGUCUGGCAUCCAAGUGUUUGACUCUGGAAUGGGUGUUCGGUUUCUCCUCUUCUGUCAUCAAUGGCGUCGUUGACCUUUCGACCACAGAGAGGUCAGCUCUGUGUUACGUGUGCGGCCACGUGGCAAUCAUCUAUGACAGGACAACCGGGCAGCAGAUCGUGCUUCAAGGUCAUCAUGACGCCAUCACCUGCUUAAGUGUAAAUCCCGGCAAAACUGUAGUGGCCACCGCCGACAUCGGGGUCAACGCUUUGCUGGUCAUCUGGAGCGUUGACCGAGGGGAGGCUCUGCAGGUCAUUCCACACGGACACACUAUAGGAUUGGUGGGACUUAAGAUCUCUCCCGAUGGGGAGACACUGGUCACGUUGGGUGCAGGUGGGGGCUUCACCGGGGUGGGGACCCAGCUGCAACAACUUGGGGUCUGGCAAUUGGAGGAUGUGGAGGGGGUAAUCAAUGCACACCUUCUGCUGCUGGAGGACAUCAAAUGCAGCGGCGAAGAUUUGCAGACUUCCAUAGAGUUCAACCACGACCAAACCAUGGAAUUUGUCACUAAUGGCGUCGGCAAGGUAGUCUUCUGGAAGCUGAGUAUCGAGGAGGAGCCAGGUUCAAGGGAUCGUGGAGUUGGUGGAAGAGCCGGAGGAGUAGGAAGAGCUGGAGGUGGUGAUGGAGGGCAAAUCCGCAAGUGGAUCGUAGCCCAAUGCGAGGCCCGUGUUAUCACUCGCCACAUCAAGCAAUCAAUUGCUCAGAUCUUGCACUCUGUGUUUCUCCCUGGUGGUUAUCGGGCCGUUUCGAGUACCAUGGAGGGGGAUUUGGUACUUUGGGACGACCCUCGAUCUUCGUCCAUGGUCCCACAGGAUAAUCCUCUUGUGCGAGAACGACAUGCGUCCAAGGUUCUUCGUCUCCACAACGGUCCCAUCACCGUGCUUGCUCGCGUCGCUCGAUACAUUGUCACCGGUGGUUCCGAUGGCUACCUCCGCUUCUACGACUCUAAACUGAGGCUCACGGCUUGGUUUGAAGAGAUGGAUGCUGGUCCCAUAACCUCCAUAUCUUUUGGAAUCAGCCUUCCCCGGGAGGACGACGACACUUUCCUGCAGUUCCAAGUCCCAGACUUUUUGGUUGCCACAGAAUUGGGGUCUAUCCUGGCAAUGAAAGGCGCCUACUUUGAUGAAAUGCCGGGUUCCGCCUCAAAGAAAGGGAAAGUAAUCAUCAGAGGCUAUCAUGAGUCGGUCGUUAGCAUCUGCAUGCAUCCCAGCAGCCCGGUGUUUGCGAUGAUUGGCGGCUUAGGGCUUGUACAGCUGUACGAUUACCAGAACAAGACACUGAUGGCUGAGAAGACCUUCGUGAAUCUAAGGGGCUCGUCUGUGGCCAUCUCUCCGCUUGCUGACAAGCUCGCAGCUGGCUUUUCAAAUGGCGCCCUGAAGGUGCUUUCCUUAGAGUCCCUGGAAGAAGUGCAGAGUUUCAGAUUCACCCCUUCGCCCAUAAUGUACAUAGCUUUCUCGGCGGAUGGCUGGCGAAUGGCAACUGCAGACGGUGGCAUGUGCGUUGCCCUCCUUAUCUAUGGCCACGGUAAAAUGGGAGAUAAGUGGGAGUAUGUGGGCAAGUAUCGGUCCCAUACUGGGCCCAUAAGGGGUCUGCAAUUUGCGAUGGAUUCCAGGACCCACUGCAGGUUGUUCUCCGUGGGAGAAGAUGGGAUCGUCGUCGACUAUGAUUUGGAGGGUUCGUCCACUGCCGGUGGAGUGAAACUACUUGGAACGGUUCCAAUCUCUCUCCUGGAUUUGCCGGCAGGCCUGGUGUUUUCUCCAUUUCUUAGUAAGACGCUAGCGGCAGGAAGAUCUGCCUUUUCUUCUGCUCCUACGUAUGAAAAGCCACUUUUGAUCAGUGACAGCAGCCAUAGGCUCAGACUCGUUUCCAUUGACGACAUGAAGCACGUUCGCACCCACCUCGGUCCAACAUACGGCGGCCCCAUCACCUACAUGCACCCGUUCGAGGACCCUAAUAACGCUAAGGACACCGCGCAGAGCAACAAAUUCUACAUGGCCUUUGGCUGCCGCGAACGGGUGGCAGGUCUGCUAAGGCUUCCCUUGGACGACGAUCCCACCCAAUCGAUGGCUGUCGUUGCUCACUCCGGUCCUCUCACCUCGAUCGGGGUCUCCUGGGACUCGCUGUACAUGGCGACUGGAGGGGGUGCCGAUCGCCUGAUCAAACUCUGGAAGAUCAACACGGCCGCAUUCGAACAAUUGCUGGAGCUGAAAGAGAACAGCCCUGGGAAGUUUGGCAUGCUCCUUUCCUCUGUCGGCGGUGGGCUGAUGAAUGAGGCCCAGAUAUUGCAGGAGAUACGGGACUACUUCUACUGCACACAGAUCCGCAGCCAAGGCGAAGAGACCACAGCAGACAGGAACAUCACUGGACUGGUCAAAGUCAGCGACAUUCCCGACUUAAUGCGCGCGCUGGGCUACUACCCAUCGGAUGCCGAAAUCACUGAGCUCAAGCUAGAGAUUCAGAGAAAGAUGAACCCCCUCAAGAAGGGCACUUCACGCGUCGGAACCCGAAUGAUGAUCCCUCCCUCUGGCUCCACCAUCAGCACAUCAUCCAGUAAGACUUCUGUGCCUUCUACUUUGAUGCCAGGUAGCCCCGGACAAGGGCUUAAUCUUAUACCUUCUGCUAAUCUACUGUCCCUGGACUUCAGCCAGUUCUUGUCUUUGUUCAUUAACUACAAGCCCGUAAAUGGGGUAACCAAGGCUGAUAUCUUGAAGGCUCUAGAGGACCUAGGAGGAGACACUGUGGGAGGAAAACUGACGAGGGACUCGCUGAUCAGGGCUCUCUUGGAGGAGGGCGAGCAAAUGACUUUAGAGGAGUUGAAUGCAUGUUUGACCGCUCUGGCCGGAAGACCGGUGGGUGCAGCGAACCUGCCUCAAGAGAUAGACGCCUCUGGGUUUGCGGACAUACUUGGUCUGGCUGACACCUACUAGUUUUUUUUAACUGAUUAUUGCAUCGAUUCCUCAGGACCUCAGUGUCUAACAAGUCUCAAUGGUCUGGCUAUUUUUGGAAAAGCCAUACCUCAUCUCGAGACGGUUUGAUGCAAUGGUGCACACUGCGCUCUCCCUUGCAGUUCAUCGCAGCAGCGAGGUUACUGUCACAGCAGUGUGCGACUUGUGUCUCCAAGCAGUAGGGGUAGAAACCAAGUCAGAGAAACCAGCAGCAGAAGCCAGGACCAGGGCCACCGUGUGCAUUUGCUGGUCAACUGCCGUAUCAGCCAGGGUCUCUAGAAGGAGGAAGUCUCUAUACCAAGUAACUUGUGGAUCUGGAAACUGCCACUGCCCCCAGCCGGUUUUGCUGAACCUAGACCUUCAGCCUUCAUGUCCACGUUGCACUCCGAUGACCAGCCAGCCAUUCGCUGAAGUUAUUCGCAGGCACCUUUCGUCCGGCUGUCAUCUUUCCAGAGUUCGGCAGACGCCGUGGCGGUUAAAAGGGCACUCCCGAUUUGGAAAUAAGGUGAGGAGAAAGAAGGGAGAGACAUUGUCAAGCGACAUGCAGAAUAAUUGUGAAAGGCAGUGGCAUGACAGGGGCAGCAAACUGGUAAAACAGACAACAAAGGUUACAAAGCUGG